GUACGAGUUUCGGACCUUGCUCUCCAAAACAGCUUCUCUCCUCAUCUCAAUCUUCACCAGAUACAUCAAACAUGCACCUAUCAAACAUACCCUAAGAUUCAAACCCCCUUAUGCUACCUAUUACCAAUAUCGCAAUAACAUCGCCAGCACACGUUUCGUACACUCCAUACAGUCCGCCUACUCACACUCACGAUGUCGACAUACACCAGAAUCGACCCAGUGCUCGUUCGACCGCCAACAAUGAACAUCAACCACGCCGAUACACUUCUAUCCAGAGGAGACCCGAUCAAACAGUUAUUCAAGAACCUAUUCGAAAUCCUGCCCGCAGGCGCUCGUGGUCAUGCUGUGGCUGUGAUUGGUGAAUUCAUCGGCACUCUUCUCUUCAUCUUCCUCGCCUUCUCUGGUGUUGAAGUCGCCAGUGCCUCUUCGAACAAAGACCAAGGAUCUGGAGUCUCAACUGCAACGGCGGAGAAGUCGCCUCAACAACUCUUAUACAUCGCCCUCUCUGCUGGCUUCGCCUUGGUUGUUACAGCAUGGACCUUCUUCCGCAUUAGUGGUGGGCUGUUCAAUCCAGCGAUCUCUCUCGGAAUGGCUCUCAUUGGAGCCAUCUCCUGGUUCCGCUGCCUGCUUCUAUGCAUCGCACAGACCGUGGCUACGAUCGUUGCAUCCUACAUGGUCUAUGCCCUCUUCAAUGGCGGCCUCAAUGUUGGCGUCGGCCUGGGAGGUGGAACAAGCAAUGCACAAGGAGUCAUCAUUGAGAUGCUUUUAACGGCACAAUUAGCUUUCACGAUUUUCAUGCUGGCUGCUGAACAACACGAAGCUACGCACUUGGCACCUGUAGGCAUAGGCUUGUCUCUUUUCAUUGCUGAAUUGAUAGGAGUCUUCUGGACCGGUGGUGCCGUCAACCCUGCUCGUGCUUUAGCUCCGUGCAUCGUCAAUCGCGACUUCCCUACAUACCAUUGGAUCUACUGGGUAGGACCUAUCGCCGGUGUUCUUCUUGCAGUUGUAUUCUACAAGCUAGUCAAGGCCAUGGAAUAUGAAACAGCCCAAUCGCAAGACGACUACAUGGAAAGCCACCCUAUCCUCCCUCGGGCUGCAAGUCGCAAACCGUCUUCUGUUGUUCCCUUGGCCAGCAUACGUUCCGAUUCGGAUCAUCCCGAAGAAGGCGCCACACAUCUUCAGCCUAUCAAGACACCAUUGCGAACACCAGCUCCAACGGCAGUAGUUGAAAAGAAACAGGAGUCAGCCCUCCCUGAAUGCUAUGCAGACUAGUGCUGAGACUUGUAGGGAGGCAUCCGCGUCAGGUUUGAUUGUCCCUAUCGUUCUCAAAGCGUCGACAAAUCGCUCUGUUAGAUUCGUAGACCCAGAGAAAGUUUUACCAGUUAAAUUGAGACCAGAGAAGGGUGUGCAAAAUCUGUUGGUGGUGAUGGAUGGCUCUGUGGAACACGGAUUGGUGCAGUUGACACUCGUCAGCAGAACUUGUUGGCUGAGAGAUGUGUCUUUCAGUUUGAAGAGUCCUUUUGUUUUUCUGUUCUCCUGGUUUAUGAGUGCUGUAGAAACGUCCAAAAGUGGAAGAUAUUCGUAUUUGUAUUGAGGACGAUGACUGAUCAGUUUGUUGCCGAGCGCUGCAAGAACAAUUUAGUUGUUAUGCCUCGUCUUCGAAUUCAGAAUUGCC